CGUGCGUAAUAAUAGCGUACAUCGCAGCUCAUCAGUACUCGUUUGAACUUUCACAUGCAAAGGAUACGGUUGUCGUAUUUUUAGUCGAUAGGCGUUCGUAUCAGUGCCUCGAGUCGUAAAAUACAAGUCGAUCAUGUUAUCGUUUCUCACCGACUUGUUGCUCGACAACGUCACCUAUCUUAGCUGGAUUGCCGUGUUCACGGCCAUCUACUACUAUUCCACAUCGACGUACGAUAAAUGGCGGAAAUUGAACAUCCCAUACAUACCACCCAUUCCGUUGUUCGGUAAUGCGUUCAAAAUGUUGACGAGAUUCGAACAUCCGAUUGACAUGUUCGAAAGGAUGUACUACCUAUUUCCGGACGCCAAACUGUUCGGGUACUACCAAAUGAGAGAUUCGAUACUAAUGGUCCGCGAUCCAGAGCUGAUCAACACGAUACUGGUAAAGGACUUCUCGUACUUCACCGACCACGGUAUAGACAUGGACCCGUCCAUGUCCGUGUUGGCCAGCAGUCUGUUUUUCUCCAACGGCCAGAGAUGGCGGACGAUGCGCCAAAAGUUGAGUCCGGGCUUCACGUCCGGCAAGCUGAAGGACACAUACUGCCAGAUCAACGAGUGCAGCGACGAAAUGGUGUCCGGCAUCGUCGAGACGCUCGAGAAGACCGACCGACUCGACGUGAAAACGAUGACUGGAGGCUUUUCCACGGACGUGAUCGGUACGUGCGCGUUCGGCCUGAUGCUAGACACGAUCAAGAACGACGACUCAAAGUUCCGCCGGUACGUCAAGAUGAUUUUCCAGAGCACCCCGAAACAGAUAAUCAGACAGAUGCUGAUGAUGAUCUGCCCUCGAGUGAUGAAACUGUUUAAAAUCAAAAUGUUUUCGGAAGAGGCUGUCAAAUUUUUCUAUGACGUGUUCACCGACGUUAUCAAGUACCGCGAAGAGCACGACGUGGUCCGGAACGAUUUAACACAAACCCUUAUGCAUGCGCGUAAAGAGCUGGUGUUGAAGGAGAACUCGACCAUCGAAGAUAAAUUCACUGAUGCUGACAUAAUCGCCAACGCUAUUCUCAUGUUCGCCGCCGGUUCGGAAACCGUGUCGUCUAUGCUAUCGUUUUGCCUGUACGAAUUGGCGCUGAACAAGGAAAUCCAAGACAAGUUACGUGCGGAAAUAUGGUCGGCGAAUGCAAAACACGACGGACAGUUGAACAACGAUUAUUUGAUGGAUCUCCGUUACACCAACAUGGUGUUGGAAGAGACCGCUCGCAAAUAUUCCAUUGCUUUUAGCAUAAUGAGAGUGGCUACAAAAACUUACACUCUGCCCGACGAAUCAUUUGUUUUCGAAAAAGGACAAAAGCUUAUUAUACCCAUGUUCAGCAUACAUCGUGAUCCAAAAUACUAUCCCGACCCGAUGAGAUUCGAUCCGGAACGAUUUUCUACGGAACAAAAAUCGCAACGACCCAAUGGCACUUACUUGCCGUUCGGCGACGGGCCUCGUCUGUGCAUUGGCAAACGGUUUGCGGAAUCAGAGAUGAAAUUGGCCCUGUCAAACGUAUUGUCAAAGUUCGAAGUUUUACCGUGUGAACAAACCGAAAUCCCCGUCGACAUAAGAAGUGGAUCGGGAUUUAUUACACCGAAAAACGGCAUUGUCUUAAAAUUUAGACAGAUCAUUGAACACUAAAAUUGUACUCUCAUAAAAUAAUAAUAUCUGUUAUCAUAUUUCUAAUUUCAUGUGUGUAUGUGCACGUUAUGUGUGUGUGUGUUGCAUUAACGAGGUGUCAAUGAUGCCUUCGUGAACAAGAUUCCAGCAUAACUAACAAUAAGUUUAUUACGCAUCUACUGCACAGAGCCAAUAUUAUUACCAAGUAAUAAAUAAAAUAAUAAUAAUAAAAAUUAUACCCACACAUCGCGUGUCAUCGUAAUAGAUAGUAUAGGUAUCUUAUGAAACCGAUUGAUCGUAGGUACCAUGUAUUGUUAGUUGUUACAUAUUAUUAUUUUGUCGAUAUUUCAAAUUAUUCCGUCCACACUUAUAUUAGAAAUGUUUUCCUUUAAAACUUGUUUGAUAUUUUUAUGUCUUACCAUUAUACAUUCUAUUAUAUUUAUUAAAAAUAUGUAGUUUUGUUAUUUCUCUUUUUUAUAAAACUAAAAUGUUACUUAGGUAUUGUUAUUGGCAAAUAAACGUUUAUUAUUUAAUA